CCUAAUUGGACAAAGUUCAGAUCGACUACCGAUCACGUGACUCAAUAGUAACCGGAAACAAUUUGCCUAAAGUUAACAGAAGUCUUAAGUGUGCAUGAAAACAUAAUAACAGUCAAACUCUUGGUGAUAAUUAAGGAGUCUUAUGGAUAAAAUGAAAGGAAGUUAUUAAAAUGUAGGGGAAUUACUAACUGACGUAUUGCAGACGACAACAAAACGAAACGAUAGAAUGGAAAAAUAUGCAGUUUAUAAAAUACUUCACCUAUUAUUAGUGGUGGUGCUUAUUUCAAGAAGUUUAGCAAUUCCCGUAAGAUCGAAGCGAUCAAAUGUUCAGGAUCUCCCACUCUUGCAUGAGGAUUAUGACGGUGACGAUUAUGGUACAGACAGCUCUCGUGAUCCGAUAGUUGACGACGGCACUUCACAUUUGUCUCCUCUAGAUGAAAGAGGAGGUGCACAUAUUCAAGGUCAUGUUGAAUACAUAGACAAUCUUCAUGGCAACAGAAGCGACAACGGUGACCCUACUGGCUCAUCGGACGACCUUGGCUCAGAUGGUAAUAUACGCGACAUUGACAUUGACAACAUCCCGAAUGGCCAAAGUGAACCAAAUUUAGAACCUGAUAUUAGUCGUGGAGAAACUUUAAAUGAAAAUAUUCCGGACGAACAUAUUGAUUCUGAUAAUGUGAAUGUACAAUCUCAAAGUGGUCUGAAUGACAAUCAUAACUCAUCUUCAGCGCAGCAGGAUCGUGGAGAAACGUUUUCAACAACAAGGCCUAAUGGGGAUGGCCAGUAUGUAAUUAAUGCUGUUGGGAGAGCAGUGCAUACUGUUAAUGCUAGUACGCUAGGAGAGCAGCAAUCAGAACUUAUUCCUCAUACGAGCAAUAUUGUCAGUACAAAUACGCCAGGAGAUCGCCAGAAUCCCCACGGAUUUUUAAUGGGAGGUCAAGUAAUGGACACUACAUCGGAAGGGUAUAGAGCCCAGCAUGGCUUUCUUAUGGGUGGUGAUAUUCAAAAUGUUGAUAAUGAAUAUAAUUCAAAUACAUUAACGACAAAAUUACCAACCUCACCGCACACGACAACGUUAUCGUCAUCUACAACCCCUACACCCGAACCUUUCAUUACAGUAAGACUUUCAAAUAUGUCAAGUCAUGAAUUGACUGAAAGUUCCUCCCCUAUGCGUACGUAUAACAAUGACAUUGUUAUUGACAGAACAGACCAAAGCAAUGGAAGAAGAGGGGAUACUGAUAAUGCUCAACUGGCGGGACAGGUCAAUUCGCAUGAUACUGACAAAGAUUCAACAACCGAAGUACCUCUGACAAGUGAAGGCCAGGUUGCUACACUCCCUUCUAGAGAACCAAAUGUACAUGAACACGGUCACGAGAACGAUGGGCAUCUAAAUGGGCAUGGUGAAACAGUAGGUAAUGGUAACGACAUUGAUGUACCGAUAGAUAAAGGUGAACAUCCACAUAAUGGCAAUAGUGAAGAAAAUAACGAACCUGGACAUCCAAGGCAUACAAUUAAUCCGGUUGCUAGGACACCUGACCGUCAAGAUAAUUUACCUGUAACUGAAUUUGUGAUGAAUACACCAAAUCGGAUAAUACUUCCUACUCCAGCAAACCUAGAACCUGAAGAGAGAGAUAUUUCUAGUAGCAUUCAUGAACCACAAUCCACAGUCACCGUCCAUAAUGGUGAGAGUGAACAUAUUGAACCAAGUAAUGAAGGUCCUUUUAAUCCCGGAGAGUCUGGGGAAAGUGGUAACCAAGGAAACAACGGUCAAAACAAUAAUUCUGAGGAAACACAUGCAACAACGAGUGAAGGUCAUAUUGAGUUCGUUACUGAAUUACCUGAAAUCUACGGUGACAAUGCGAUUAAACCAAAUAAGAAUUUACCUAAGGAUAGCGAUAGGAAAAGCGGGGACAUGCCUUUAUUAUCAUUAUCAACAACAUCAACUUCAGUUACGACUGAAAAUCACUUUCCAGCAAGCUCGUCUAUUCCUGGUAGUGCGUAUGAAAAUUCGGUUCAUAACCCUACCGAUAAAACUGUACAAACCAUGGACAUUUUGCAUUCAAGCACCGUAACUUAUUCAGAGAGUAAACAUACCUGCAUCCAAACGGGCAACAUGUUAUGUCCAGCACGUUCAAUAUCAGCAACAAGAGAACAACUUUUUCCAUCAAACUCUGUCACGCAUGUUCAAUUUACUGAUGCCUUUCAAUCAGUUCGUGAUGGUUUAGAAGAAACAACACCAAUUCUCUUAUUUGAAACUAGUACAACUCAUCAACCACACGUCAUUCCAAAAAAUACUAGAACUUCUCUACCUGAUCAAUUCAUUACACCAACAAACAGCAUAUUCCCUACAAAAACAGUAGAUGAAAACAUUGACUCACAAAGUAUUGAAAGAAGUAUCGCUGUUCCCUCAGAAUCAAUCGUACCUACUCAAUCAUCUAGACAUGUAGGCAGCAGUAUAACUAAACAUUUAAAUGAUAAUAUUGAUGGAUCUCCUUCUAUCACAUCUUCAAUGCCUCCAUUAGUUCCAACAUCUAGUGAAGUUCUUCACACAAGUGGGUAUGCUGGUGCACAUGCCUCACAGAUACAUUCCAGGACAGAUACAAGCCGGCAUGAUUCGCCAGUUUAUUCCAGCACAGACACAACAGUUGUGCAGUCUAGCUUGGAGAACGUUCUACAAACACAAUAUAUGUCUAGUGAAGCCAUACAUGCAAAUACAGAUCAUCGUCUACCAGUAGUAAGCUCUAUGCCAGUGCAGUCUUCGCAAGAACUUACUCCUCAAGUUGUCCUUACUACAACCUCGGCUCAUCAGUCUCCGCAAUCAUCAGUGACAUUUCCUAUGUUAACUUCAAACCCUACAACAAAGAAGAAGGUUGAGCACAGCACAACCCCAGCUGUAUCUACUUCUCACUCUACACAAAAGAAACCUAAUUCUGACAAAGAACCUGAUAAACCCGAAAUUGCGGGCGGAAGUUCAAGUAGUAGUGUUGGUUCAACAACAACGACAACAACAACCGCACCUCACAUACUUUCAACAACACUUCCAACAUCAACAGCUCGACCGGCUACAACACAGAAACUAGAGACGUCAACACAGCCUUCAGUGUAUAUUGAGAUCCGACUGAAGAUGGGUUGGAGUCAGUUUCGUACAUCGAAAAUAGAAUUUAUAGCAGGAAUUAGAGAAAUUAUCCUCUCUGAGAAAGGCUAUAUCGUUGACGACGAACAGUUUGUUCUGUCUACAGAGGAUGGUCCGAGUUCAAUGGAAGGGGAGAACAUACAGAUUAUAACUAUCAAAAUGUACUUUGUUGACAAUGAUGGCAAGUUAGACAUUUUGCUGACAACAGAAACUUCUUCUUUCAUAUUAAAAGGGUUCCAUCAGUCAAACUUUCUGAAAGAUAAGCUUGUGUCUGUGCAUACAGUGAACAGAAAACCACCAGAACUACUUCCGGAGGCGAGACCAGAAAGAAGGCGGGAAGCUCCAAACGUUACUAUGGUGAUUGUACUUGCAUCAAUGGGCGGAGUAUGUUGCGUAGCGCUCAUUAUUCUCCAGGUUUUGAUACACAGACGGGUAAAAGCCAAAAGAAAACAGCGUCAGUUUAUUGGCCACCGUGCUUCUCUGCAGAGCAUGGACCACGUGGCAUUAGGCGUGAUACCUAAAUCACGACCAAGUAGUGGAUACUGGAACCCGGCUCUAGAUGAUACUUUGGAACUGCCCGAACCAGAAGAACAUUCCCAUAUUCUGAACUUUUCAGGACUAGCAAAUUUCUGUAUGGAUACUAAAGCUAUUUACUCAGAAUUCCAGGAAAUACCGCACGAUGAUGUAGAAUCAUCAAGUAUCCCUAUAGGUGAAGAUGACAAGAACAGAUUUGCCAAUGUGUUGCCGCAUAAACACAACAGAGUUUAUUUGAACAAAACUCAGGAAAACAAAUCUGGAUAUAUCAAUGCAAAUUAUGUAGAUGGUUAUAUGGGUGAGAAGAAAGUGUACAUCGCCACUCAGUCCCCCAUGGUGAACACUGUAGACGACUUUUGGAGAAUGGUUUGGGAACAGCAGACGAGAACUAUAUUAAUGUUAAACCCGAUGACGUCACAAGGCAAGGUCGGUGCAGUCGAAUAG